AUGUCAGCCUCGAAUCCUCUCAUCAACUCGCCCCACGCCGCCCUCGGUCGGCAUCCCGAUCUGCCGUACGCCAACCGCCCCAAACGAUCCGACUCCAUUCAGUUCGAUCAUCCGGCUCCGCGCGGUGUCUUCGGCCCAGCCCAUGCCAUGAUGCCGGAUUUCAGUGACGAGGCCACCUUUGUGCCCACUACGCUCGCCGAGCGUCUGCUCGAACGCACCUACCUAGACGACGUCGUGCAGCCUCUCGUCCGAGCCCUCGUCGGAGCUCGAAUGGUCUACGGCGUCAACGGCGAGGCUCCCACCGAGAGGUCCCAAGCUUAUGUCGAUCUCGAGAAACUCCGCCGCGAACUCGAGCGAUCCACACAGCGAGCUCGCCACGCCGAACAGGAGCGCGAUGAUCUUGCCCGCCGUCUCGACCUCGCAGGUGUGCCCGAUGCUCCUCGAGAACGCGCCGAACGACAUUCCGAGCAUCUAGGCCCCAGCGAUCACAUCACUUCGUCGUCCCGCAGUCAGCAACACCCGCCGCAGCCGAUGAUGGGGGUCAAACGCUCUCGUCCUGGAGACUACGAGCCGCGCCCCUCUGCGCCUGGCUCCAACGCUGUAUCCGUCAAUGUGGCUCACGGCGACGGCCCUGGCGCUUCCGUCACGAUCACCACUGAGGCACCGCACAGCACCCCCGUUGGCAUGACCUCGCGCCCUCACCACGACCAAAUGUCUCCGCCUGGAUCCUACUCCGGCCACCCAGGCUCUUCUCGACACCGAUCCUACGCAGACCUGCACCACGAUCCGCACGACGGUCCCGAUCCGCGACACUCCACUCGCAUGCCGCUCGGCCCGCCGACACACGAGACCGACUUCGCCUACGCGGACGACCGAGGGGAUCGCUACAACGGCCAACCUCCCCACCGUCCGCCCCUGGCCCCUCGCUACGGUGCCCGCUCCCCCCAAUCCAGCUCGGCCUACCUCACCUCCAGCAGUGAUCGUUCCUCCAUGCCCACCUUAACGACCUAUCCCUCAACUUCAUCAUCCACCUCCUUCACGCCAGCCUACUCAUCGGUGCACUACGACCACGCAAACGAAGCGGACGAUCUCGAGCGUUCGCGCAAGGUUCCUCGCCACGACAUGGAUCCGCCGACGCACCCCGUCUCGCGACCGGGGAGCUUCAUGCUCACCCCCUCGUCCGAAUCUAGCUAUCCGAUCCGCAAGCUGGCUUCAACGAAGAAUCGCACAUGCAGCAGCUGUGCCGCGCCGCACGAUGCCAAGUUUCGCCGUGGGCCCAACGGCCCUGGCACGCUGUGCGACCGCUGCGGAUCGCGGUGGAAGAAGUUCAAGGAGCAGGAGAGUGCGAGUAAGCGCGAGUCGAUGGGUGGUGAUUCAGCGGCAAGUGCUGCGGCGAGUGCUGCGGCGCAGGCGAGACUCAGCUCGGCCAGUGCCAGCAGCGAAUCGCCCAUGGAGCCGCCUAGUGGUGGCAGUGGACGGGAGGAGAGUGCCGAGGGAAGAAGGGGACCGAAUGUAUCCCCUGGAGAUGCGGCGAGGAGGGAGAGCGACGAUGCGCAGAUGCAAAGGGAGAGGAGCGCUAGUGUGGAUCAAUUGAUCGACGAUUGA